AUUGAAUUAACCGGAUGUACGUCGCCGGAUACAAAAAUUAAAAAACCCUAAAAAAAACGAACCCUAGCUUUCCCGUCUAUUUCGCCGUCAAUUCUCUGCAAAUUAUUUCUGGUUUUUCUUCGAUCCCUUUGAUCGCAUCUCAAAUACACUGUUCUCAUCUAUCAGAUCUCGUUCUCCUCUAUCGAUUAAUAGUAAUUUUCCCCUUUCUUUGUAUGUCUUCGGAUUUAUAGGGUUAGGGUUUCGAGUUAGUCUGGAUCUCCUCUUGAUCAUCAGAUCUAUGAGUGAUUCGUGUUUGUUAUACAAAUACUGAUCAUUCCCCUCUGUUAAUUGACUGUAAUAUCUCUUAUUUUUCUUUUUUUUUGGGGUUUAGAUCUAUGGUUUCUGAUUUUCCCUUGAUUUAGGGUUUGUGACCGGUUUUGAUACCUGAAAUCAUAACGUCCUGUGUGCAGGAGUGUUAACCCUAAAUUUAUUUGUGUUAGCCUCUCUUGUUUUGACAAAAAGUUGUCCUUUCGAUUUAGGGUUCCUGAAAUUUUUGGGGAUCCUUAACUGAUCUAGGUAUCGUUCUGAAAAUUUAUCCCUUUGGCCUUUCCAACGAAUAACCGUAUUAAUUGUUGUUAAUUUUGCCCUUUUGACCAGAAUUUUGGAUCUCGGGCUUAGUUCUCUCGAAAAUCGCAGGGUCUCCUAUCGAUUUUAGGGUUUCCUUGUGAAAAAAAUGUCCCAACUGAUUCCCCUCAUUCAUUUGUUGAAUUUCAUGAAUCCUUAGAUCAAGGGUUAGCAUUUUUGUGAAAUUGCUCUGUUUCUCUUCGAUCUUAGGGUUUCUCUGUGGAAAAUAUAUAUUUUUCAUGUAAAAAUUAUUCUGCUAAUUCAAUUCAUUGUAAUUUUGCCUUGGUAGACCAAAAUUUAGGAUCUAGGGUUGCGUUUUGGGAAUUCCCCUGCUCUGAUAAAUAAGCCUUUCUGAAUUCUGCCUGUUCGAUCCAGGUCUUCAAAAAAUUUCACCCUUAUCCACAAUUUGAAGGUGAAAAUAUGGUUUUUAAGCAAAACAAGCGUCCCUUCGGUGAUGAUGAGUCUUGCCAGCUUUCUUUUAAGAAACAUGCCAUUCAGUUUGACCACAGUAAUCAGCUGUCUGCUUAUGUAGAGAUUGUUCCUUUCAGCAAGGUACCUCACAAGUUUUGCAUAUCAGCUGAAGAAGCUGAUGAGAGGUUGGCAAAAUCCCAAGCAGAAGAAGCACUCCACGCCAUCAGAGAACCUCUAUCCAUGCCUAAUAUCAUGGACGCCAGGCUUAUCUCUGAUAAUAUGAGAUCUCCUUCAAAAAUAUGCAGCCUUGCAUGGCAGAAAAGCAUGGACCCUGAAGAAUAUGUCGACUCACACUCGCCUUCUCACACUGUGGGUUCCCCUUAUCCAUAUGAAAGUGAAGAGCCAACAAUACCUGUAACUCAUUUGAAGGAACCAGUCCGGUCUUAUCUUGAUUACCCUCCUCAAAGGCUCAUUCCAGUGGGUCCUGAUCAUCAGGUGGAUGUCCCAGAAUGGAGCUCGUGUGCUUCUUCGAGGACUCUUGAUCUAGGGAUAGGAGACAGAGAACAAAGGCUCCCAGUUUCUUGUGCAUAUCCUAUGCUUACAGAUGCUGUUGAUCCAGAGAGACAGGGAGAUGGAGAGAGGAGGCCAAUGGAUGCUACACUAUGUUUGACGCCAACUCAUGUUGCCGAUCUAGAAAGAGAAAGGGAGAGAGAGCAUAAGCUGAUGGGUACUUGUGUGCAGUCGAUGCCACACUUCAGCUUGGAUGGUGUGAUUUUAGGGCGCGGCAGGAGCGAUUGUUGCUGCCCUGACCGUGGCUCAGUCAGAUGUGUGAAGCUGCACAUAGCGUUGAGGAGAGAGAAACUGAUGAAUGAAUUGGGGAAAUCCAUGUUCAUCGAGUUAGGGUUUGAGGACAUGGGAGAGGAGGUGGCGGAGAAGUGGAGUGAAGAAGAAGAGAGGGUUUUCAGUGAGGUGGUUUACUCGAACCCUGCUUCAUUGAAUAGGAACUUUUGGGAUUACCUCUCUCUAGCUCUCAAGAUGAGGAGUAAGAAAGAGCUGGUUAGCUACUAUUUCAAUGUUUUUGUUCUUAGGAGGAGGGCCGCCCAAAACCGGUGGGAUCCAUGCAUUGCAGAUAGCGAUGAUGACGAAUGGAGGGACGGUGAUGAGGAGGUGUUUGGGGCCGAGGACGAUGAUGAUUCAGUUGUGGAUGAUGAUGGUGAUGUUGAGGACCAUGAUGAUGUGGAUUAUGAUGGUGAUGGCCAUGUUGAUGAUGAUGUUGAUGGUGGCCAUGUUGGCGAGGAUGAAGAUGAUGAGGAUGGCGACGACGAUGAUGAUGACGAUGGUCAUGAUCAUGCGGGGGUGGAUGUAGAGGAUGGUGUGGGAGAUGAUGAUGUGGGUGCAAAGCAUGUGAACAUGAUGGUGAGGCUGGAGAAGAAGUCUUUAACUGAUGAUGGCGAGCAUCCAUACGGUGGUGAAGGUAAGGGCAUGGCGGAUGGCAUGGAUGAUGCUGAUGUACAGGAUGACUCGUGCAUGUCAUAUGAGGGGGGCCAUCAGCAUGGCGAGCCCAUGGCAAAUGCGUCUCAACAGGUUGUAGAAGUGAGAGAUACGAAUGUAGAAAUGGGGAAUUUCGGGGGCAUGAUGGAGCCUUGUGAUGAGAAGUUGUGGGUCGCUGGCUUUUUGAAUGGGCCAAAGAAGACUAUUGAUUUCUUGUCGACAAAUAAUAUGAUCAGAGAGGUUUUUGGAGAUGAAGGUUGGGAUAACGAUGGUUCGGAGAGAGACGGUUCUAGCAUCAGCUAGGUCCUGUGUGAGAAAAAUAUCGGGUCGAUCUCUUGUCGGUCUUCCUCGCAAUUACCAUUUCUCUCUCUCUCUCUCUCUGAACUUAAUGGAGGCUCUGAUUGGAGGGUAGUGAGGGCCAGGUAUGAGGCGGCAAUAUUCUUUUUGUUAGGAGUUAUUUACAUGCUUUCGAAAUAUUAUUGUACAUGCAUGCAUGCUGGGGAAGAUGCAGACUUGUGCUCAUGUAAACUAGGGAGUCAUAGAUUGAUGAAGUGGAUUUUGUUUGUUUGUUUGAGAGAGAUGAAUGUGUGCUCCCUCAUACUCAUCUUCUGUGCAUUUAUUUUUUAUCAAUUCAAUGUAAUGCUGCAUUGCCCCUCUCUCCCCUAACCCAUUCUCUAUGUAACUUGUUACUGUACAAA